AUGGAUCGGGCAAUAGCGCGAGCGGUGACGGAGAAGAAGCCGGUCCCGGAGAUCGACUUCACCUUACAUACUAUGGAAGAUGGCACCCAAGUGUCUACCAUGGAGCGAGUAAUUAAAGAGGUGCAAGCGCCGGCGUUACAGACGCCGACAGACGAACAAUUCUGGUCUCCUGACGACCCCUCCAAGCCCAACCUCCAGUUUCUAAAACAACACUUUUACCGCGAAGGCCGUCUGACAGAAGACCAGGCACUAUGGAUUAUACAGGCGGGUACGCAGUUGUUGAAGGCAGAGCCGAACCUCCUGGAGAUGGAUGCUCCCAUCACAGUGUGUGGCGACGUCCACGGCCAAUAUUAUGAUUUGAUGAAGCUCUUCGAAGUCGGCGGCGAUCCCUCCGAGACAAGAUAUCUUUUUCUGGGCGACUAUGUGGACAGAGGUUAUUUUAGCAUUGAAUGUGUUCUCUACCUCUGGGCCCUGAAGAUUUGGUACCCAAAUACACUCUGGUUGCUGCGGGGUAACCACGAGUGUAGGCAUUUGACCGAUUACUUCACCUUUAAACUGGAAUGUAAGCACAAGUACAGCGAGCGCAUCUAUGAGGCCUGCAUCGAAUCGUUUUGCUCGUUGCCGCUGGCGGCGGUCAUGAACAAGCAGUUCCUCUGUAUCCACGGUGGUCUAAGCCCCGAAUUGCACACCUUGGAAGAUAUCAAGUCGAUCGAUCGCUUCAGGGAGCCCCCUACUCAUGGUUUGAUGUGUGAUAUUCUUUGGGCUGAUCCCCUGGAGGAAUUUGGACAGGAGAAGACUGGGGACUAUUUUAUCCACAACAGUGUUCGAGGAUGUUCCUACUUCUUCUCGUACCCUGCCGCCUGCGCUUUCCUGGAAAAGAACAACCUCCUCUCAAUUAUCCGAGCGCACGAGGCUCAGGACGCCGGAUACCGCAUGUACCGGAAAACGAGAACGACCGGAUUCCCUAGUGUGAUGACCAUCUUCAGUGCUCCCAAUUAUCUGGAUGUCUACAACAACAAAGCUGCCGUCUUGAAGUACGAGAACAAUGUGAUGAACAUCCGGCAAUUCAACUGCACGCCUCACCCAUACUGGCUGCCGAACUUCAUGGAUGUGUUUACCUGGUCUCUUCCGUUCGUCGGUGAGAAGAUCACCGACAUGCUGAUUGCGAUCCUCAACACUUGCUCCAAGGAGGAGCUGGAGGACGAUACUCCUACCACCGUUUCUCCUACCGGUCCGCCCUCUCCCCCUGUUGCCAUGGACGUGGAAAGCAGCGAAUUCAAGCGACGCGCCAUCAAGAACAAGAUUCUCGCUAUCGGUCGUCUUUCGCGAGUCUUCCAGGUGUUGCGUGAGGAGUCCGAAAGGGUCACGGAACUUAAGACAGCAACCGGUGGUCGCCUUCCCGCGGGUACUCUGAUGCUUGGAGCGGAGGGAAUCAAGCAGGCAAUCACUAAUUUUGAGGAUGCCCGUAAGGUUGACUUGCAAAACGAGCGUCUGCCCCCUAGUUCAGAAGAGGUUUAUAAACGGAGCGAGGAAGAAAGACAAGCUGCCCUUGAGCGCGCUCAACGCGAGGCAGAUAAUGACACUGGAUUAGCCACCGUAGCUCGGCGGAUUAGCAUGUCUGCGGGCUCGGGUAGAAGCCGGCGCCAGCGAGAUGCCGCUAGAGAUAGCCGAGAAGCAUGA